UGGAGAUGUGGAGUGUCUUUCUGUCUCUCUCUCUGUUUCUCCAGCCCAAUUCAGCUGAGGAAGUGAUGCUGUUGGACACCACAGAGACUACAUCUGAAUUAGGCUGGGUCACCUAUCCUGACACUGGGUGGGAUGAGGUCAGCGUGCUCGACGACAGGGGCAAGCUCAUCCGCACAUUCGAGGUCUGCAACGUCAACCAGAACCCCCGCCUCCAGGACAACUGGCUGGCCACACCUUUCCUGUACCGCCAUUCGGCUCCCCGGGUCUUUGUGACACUGCGGUUCUCCGUGCGGGACUGCGCCAGCCUGAGGUCCCCGUCGCCCUCCUGCAGGGAGACUCUCACGCUCUACUACAGACAGGCUGAUUCACAGCGGGAGAUUGAGAGGACCUGGGGAGGAGAGCCUGGCAAUGGAGAGAAGGAAACCAGGGAAGGGUGGGUGAAAAUUGACACCAUAGCUGCGGACAAGAGCUUCAGCCGAGUGGAGCCCAGUCUUCCCCACCAGUACCAGCCGGAUCGGCACCGCCGGAUCAACGUCAAAACCCGCAGCUUCGCCCCUCUCACUCGCAGCGGAUUCGUUCUGGCCAUCGUGGACAGCGGAGCUUGUGUGUCCCUGAUGGGCGUGUCCAUCUUUUACCGCCGUUGCCCCUCCACCAGCCGGUACCUAGCGUAUUAUCCGGCCACGCCCUCAGGGGCGGAGCCCACAGCCCUGGUGCCAGUGACGGGAACCUGCGUGCCUCACAGCCAAUCACAGGGCGGGACGGCGCCUCGGAUGCAUUGUAACGCAGAAGGGGAUUGGAUGGUGCCGGUCGGGGGAUGCGUCUGUGAUGAGGGUUAUGAGCCAAACCACAACAGCUCAGCCUGCCAAGCCUGUCCGGUGGGUCAUUUCAAGGCUGUGCCAGGCUCUGUUCCGUGUUCACCAUGUCCAGCUAACAGCAGAACCAGUACCGAGGGGUCUCGCGUGUGCGAAUGCAGAAGCGGGUUCUACCGGGCGCCCAACGAUGCAAACACCACAGCCUGCACAGGUCCUCCCUCCGCCCCGCUCUCCCUCUCCUGGGAGUACGAGAGCGCGGAGGGCGGCGUGUCCCUCCGCUGGCGGCCCCCCAAGGACAUGGGGGGUCGGAGUGAGGUGUGGUACGGCGUGGUGUGCCGGAUCUGCCCCUCCGCCUCGCCGACGCCCCCCGGAGUGUGCUCGUGGUGCGGAGAGGCGGUCACCUACACCCCGACCCAGACCGGCCUCCGACAGACCAAAGUCACGCUCAAAAACCUGCUCACGCGAGUUACCUACCUCAUACAGGUGCAAGCAUUAAAUGACGUGUCAGCUCUAAGUCCCUUCCCGCCACAAUUCGCCAGCAUCAACUUCACCACCAGCCAAUCAGUGCCCUCUCCUGUACCCAUGCUCCACCAGCUGAGUCGAGCCCCAGACUCCAUCACUCUCUCCUGGCCACAGCCUGACAGGCCCAACGGAGACAUCCUGGAAUACCAGCUGAGAUACUACGACAAAGGCUCAGACGAGGACAGCGCUGUCAGCGUGUUCAGCGAGACCAACACGGUGACAGUGAGUCCUCUGGCCCCAGGGUCCAUCUACGCUUUUCAGAUCCGGGCCAGGAACGAGAGGGGCUUUGGGCCUUACAGCCACACUAUUUAUUUCACCACUCUGGCCCUGGAGGAGCGUUCUAAACAAGUCCAGAAUCGACUGCCUCUAUUGGUUGGCUCAGUAAUGGGCGGGGCCGCCUUUCUAUUGGUCGUUGCAGCCAUAGUCAUCGUGUUUGUCUUCCGGAGUAAACGCAGAGAAAGCCCGUACAGUGACAGAUUACAGCGAUACAUAAGUACCAGAGGGGGCGUGAAGUACUAUGUGGACCCAUCCACUUAUGAGGACCCCAGUGAAGCCGUGCGAGAGUUUGCCAGAGAGAUUGACCCCUCCCACCUCAAGAUCGAGGAGGUCAUUGGUGCAGCACAAUUUGGAGAGGUGUCCCGGGGCAGAUACCGCCCCAUGGGCAGGAGAGAGAUGCUGGUUGCUGUGAAGACCCUGCGCUGGGGGGUGUCUGAUCGCGAGAGGGGGGUCUUCCUCAGUGAGGCUGGUGUCCUGGGCCAGUUCGACCAUCCCAACGUCCUGAAACUGGAAGGGGUGAUCACUCGCACCCCUCCAGAGAGGAUAAUCACUGAGUACAUGGAAAAUGGACCACUGGAUGCUUUUCUCAGGGAGAAUGAGGAGCAGUUCAGUGUGCUGCAGCUGGUGGGGAUGCUGAGGGGGGUAGGGGCGGGCAUGCGCUACCUCUCCGAGAGGAAUUUCGUCCACAGGGACCUGGCUGCCCGGAACGUGCUGGUUAACUCCAAUCUGGUCUGCAAGGUGUCCGACUUUGGCCUCUCCCGGCUGAUGCGCGGGCUGGAUCACAACAUGCCCACCUACACCGCCUCCCUGUUGUCCUUCCCUCUCUUAUUCUCACAGGGCAGCAAAAUCCCGGUCAGGUGGACAGCCCCAGAAGCAUUCCAGCAUCGUAAGUUCAGCUCGGCUAGCGAUGUCUGGAGUUUCGGCGUCCUGAUGUGGGAGGUGAUGUCAUAUGGGGAGCGCCCAUACUGGGACAUGAGCAACCAAGAGGUGAUGAAGGCAGUGGCUGACCAGUACCGCCUUCCAGCCCCCCAUAACUGCCCCCCUGCUCUCCACUCCCUGAUGUUGCAGUGUUGGCAGGCAGAUAGGCAGGAUCGGCCCGGGUUCGACUCAUUGCUCUCCUCACUGGACAGACUUAUCCGACACCCGGCCUCUCUCAAGACCGAACCGACCCGCUCCACCCAACCACUGCUUAGCCCCACCCCUACAGACCUGUCAACGGUGGUGACCGUAAGCGAUUGGCUGAAAGCCCUCCGAAUGGAGCGAUACAAGGAUGAGUUUGAGAGAGCGCAGUUGCACAGCUUGGAGAGAGUCAGCACCCUCACUAUGGAGGAUGUACAGAAUCUGGGAGUGAAUCUUCUGGGUCACCAGAGGAAAAUCGUCCAUGCCGCCCAGCAGCUCAGAACCCAUCUCACUCAGGGACAGGUUGAGGUGUAAAACAAAUCCACCAUGUUAUCAGAUUCUUUUGAAAAUCAAUGGCAGAGAUGGCACAAUGGAUUGUGUGAGUUGUGGUCUAAAUAAACAAAUGCACAGACAGGAGUGUUGGAGAUGGUGGAGGGAAGGUUAAAACAGUCUUUUAAAAUGUGUUUCACUCCACUCAUUCACCCUCAUUUAUUCUCCCUUUCCCUAAUUGUUAUCCCUCUUCUUAUUCUUUCACUCCAUCCCUCUGUCUCAC